GUAAGGGUCGAGGUCGUCAAGUGAUUGCCGUUGCUAGAACAGCUGACCUGAUCAUUAUCAUGCUGGAUGCCAUGAAAGGAGAGAAACAAAGAGAGCUCCUAGAAAAAGAAUUGGAAGAGGUUGGCAUCCGUUUGAACUGCAGGAAACCAAACAUUUACUUCAAGCAAAAGAAAGGAGGUGGUAUCUCCUUCAACUCCACUGUGCCUCUAACAAAAACUAGUGAGAAAAUGGUACAGUUGAUCCUCCAUGAGUACAAGAUUUUCAACGCAGAGGUGUUGUUCAGGGAAGACUGCACUUCGGAUGAGUUUGUGGAUGUUAUCCUCGGCACUAGAGUUUACAUGCCCUGCCUUUAUGUGUACAAUAAAAUUGAUCAGAUAUCCAUUGAGGAAGUUGACAGACUGGCCAGGCAACCACAUACUGUUGUCUUAAGCUGUAACAUGAAGAUGAACCUGGACUACUUGAUGGAUCAGGUGUGGGAACAUCUGGCCUUGCUGAGGGUUUACACAAAGAAAAGAGGAGAGCGGCCAGACUUUGAAAGUGGGCUGAUUCUUCGUCAAGGUGCUACUGUAGAACAUGUGUGCCAUGUGAUUCACAGAACAAUAGCUCAAGCCUUCAAAUAUGCAUUAGUCUGGGGCCAGAGCACCAAGUACAAUCCACAGAGGGUUGGUCUGACUCAUUCAAUGGCGGAUGAAGAUGUCAUACAGAUUGUGAAAAAAUAA